GUGCUGUAUUGUCUGGCAUUCUAUAUUUUCCACGGGCACGACCAGUCUGCACAGCAAGGCGGUUCCAUUCCGCGAACGAAAUCACAGUUUCGUAACGUUUUUGCAUUAGUUCGUCUAUAAGGAAUAUAUGCACAAGGUCUAUAGAGUCUGCAGCGUGAGUGAACACGGAAAGAAAACGAGAGAUUAAGACUGUCAGAAUGUUGGCAAGAGAUUACUGGAAAUGGACCAGAUUGCUGAUGGUUUACGUUGGUACACUGGGGUCAUCAUGCAACGGGAUACACACAAACAAAGCUAUCGAGGUCACCAGUUUAAGCUGGCUUCAGAUUGGUGAGAUGGGGACUGAAGUAAGAACAGAAGGUGGUGUUACUGAAGAAGAUGAUCCCAGUGCGAAAUUCUUGGCACAACAUGGCCCAGGGAAUUUGGUUUCUCGCCAACCAGAUGCAAGAGGAAAUACGACCAAAAUGACUGAUGUGGGAAACUCCAGCCAGCUUCACUUGGUCUCAGGCGAAGAGCAAGGGAAGGGUGUCGGAGGAAACAGCGUUAAGAAAGUUCCCAAUAGCAAUCCUGCCUCCGAAAAUGAAGCAGGAAUUUCUGUUUCCAGUCUUGAUCCAACAGAACUUGAGGGCAUCUCCUACAGCACGUAUUUUCCAAGCACUGGAUGGCCGGGCAUGGUUGGUGGAAAGGAUGCCAUUCAAGACGAUGAGCUUUUGGAAGGGACUGCAACAGAGGACUCCCCUGGGCCAUCGACAGAUAACCCACCUCUAAGUGCUCUUAUCAUCAAUGACAUUACCACCGAACACAUAUCACUACUGGAUUCUUCUCUGGGUGAGGGACAGGAAGAAUCGACAUUCUUGCCAUCUGCUGCACAGGCUUCAACUAAACCAGCCUUGAAAACGACUGAGCGGGAUACUCCGCUUAGGAGACAUACCAGAUCGAAAUAUUCGACUUUACAGCCAGCAAUGGAUGAAACUCCAUUUUCAGAACUUAAUGGCUUUGAGUCUACCACACUGAGAAAAACCAACGACACUUUUAUUUCCGAUGCAAGUACUUUAUCUUUUGAUACAGAAAUGACAACUUUGCAAACAGUGGCUACUACUGAUAAGGUGUCCAGAGAUGAUGAUAUUUCAACUUAUGAAACAUCAUACUCAGCAGACCCAGACUUAAACUACAACAAUGACGAGGAUUCCACAGAGAGCGCCACCUUAUCUUUUGUAUCACCACACGCAACAAAGCAAGUCUCAGUUUUCCACACUAAGAAAACAGUUAUUUCAGUUACAAUGACAGUCGCUAUAACCCCUGUAACUGAUCAAACAACCAUGCAAAACACAUUCACUGCAAGCACAAAUGAAAGUUAUUCUACAGAACCGACCAAACCACUGGGAAGCAAUUCAGAAGAGACGCUGGUGCUUAACACUCUAACUAUACCUGUCACAAUAGGUGUUGUUGUAGUCCUUUUGGCCAUCCUGGCAGGGGCGACCCUCUGUUUUAUACAGCGGAGACAUAAAUCUAGGAAACUCUCUUCUGACAACAACGAAAAAUUUUUCAUCACAAACCAUCAGGAGGAAGAGCAUGUAAAUGCUACCUUCGAAGAGAAAGGCAAAGACAUAGUUAUUGGGAUGUAUUCGGAGACCGAGCUUGUAAACAUUGACUCGCAUGAACUGCAAGAGAAGGUCUUCAACAGUGCCGUGGGAGAUGGAAAAGACAGAGAGAAACCGAAAUGUCUGGGGUCACCAACUACGAAAGCAGACCCAGUCAGUGACUUUCUAUAGAUAUCCUACAAAAGGAGAAACAAUCGGUCAUCUGCGGAAACGAUAUGGAAGGCGCUACCGGCAGCAUUUUCCCGAACUGUAUCCUAGUACCGACCCUUCCCUGAAAAAGGAGGAUGCCUUAUCUAUAAAACUAACCAUAGACUUUUCUGAAAAAUAAUCUUAUUAUGUUUCCCACUCCCACAUUACUAGAAAGCCCGUACCUGAAGUAACCUAACCUAGGAGCAUGGCAAAAAAACCGGGACUGGGGCAAUGCUAGUAUACAUCUCGGGAAUUUGCCUACCGACACCGUUGAUAGAGUGAUUAAAGAACGUAAAAAUGUGAAAGGAGUGUAUAUUAAGUGUGGAAUGGAAUGAAUACUCAGUGUCAUAAAACUCAAUAUCAGGGUAGAGUUUUUUUUAUGAACUAUUUUAUGACUGGGUGUGGAUGCAGCUCUCCGACAACCCCGAGGCUCGUGGCUUUGAAGAAGCGUGACAGUAUCGCAUUCUUAGAUAUCUGUGAUUUAUUUAGAUAAAUAGCUAAACAGAUAGGUAGACAGAUGGAUAAAUAUAUGCUCACAUAUAUUAUAUAUAUAUAUAUUAUAUAUAUAUUGUACAUAUGAGAUAUACAAGCAUAGAAUGAUCUUAAGUAAU